ACGUCGGCCCUCAAAGAAGUGUGCUCUUAUUGAUAAGUCAAAGACUGGGACAUACAGACAAACCAGAACGGUAUUAAAAGACUUUCGCCACAGAGAAACCAUGACCGCGGUCAAGCCCGAACCCCGCGAUGGCAGGGGCCUUGAAUGCACCGCCCGCGGCCGCGGCCGCGCCCGCGCCCGCACACGACGACGAGCCUAGGAUCGACCUCCAAUGGCUUCAACAACUCGUUGACGACAAGGAAAAGCGAUCGGCAGAUGUCCUCGAGAGGGCUGUCCGUGUCGGCGUCAAGGCUCUUGAGGGCCUCAAAGGUCCCCUCGAAGCCGCCAUAAAUAUUGAGGACACCUCAGCCGCCCAGUGGCUCAAGUUGAUCAGUGACGUCCAAUCUCGUGCCAAACCGACCCGCACUAUUGUUGGUGUUGUAGGCAAUACAGGAGCCGGAAAGUCAAGUGUUAUCAGUGCCGUCCUUGAUGAAGAGCGUCUUCUAGCAACAAACUGCAUGAGAGCCUGCACGGCGUCUCCCACAGAGAUCUCCUACAACUACUCCAAAGACCCCAAUGAACUCUACCGUGCCGAAGUCGAGUUCAUCACAACGGCCGAGUGGCUCAAAGAGUUGCAAGAGCUCUACAGCGAUCUCAUUGACGGGAAUGGCGAGGUUUCGCGCGACAGUUCCAACGAAGAUAGCGAGGCCGGUAUCGCCUAUGCCAAGAUCAAAGCUGUCUACCCCCGCCUCGUCAAGGAGACCAUGCCCAGGCAUAACCCUGUGGAACUUGUAAACCAGCCCUCAGUCCGCAAUGUGUUGGGCACGACAAGGAAGCUUCAAGCCACCACAGCUGGUGGUCUCUACCGCCAACUGCAGUCGUACGUCGACAGUAAGGAGAAAAACACAGACAAGUCGAUUGAGUACUGGCCUUUGAUCAAGGUUGUCCGCAUCUACACCAAGGCCUCUGUCCUAUCCACAGGAGUGUGCCUCGUCGAUCUUCCCGGUGUCCAGGAUUCGAACGCAGCAAGAGCGGCCGUUGCUGCAAACUACAUGAAGGCAUGUACCGGUCUUUGGAUUGUGGCACCCAUCACCCGUGCUGUGGAUGACAAAACGGCAAAGUCUCUGCUUGGCGAUACCUUCAAACGCCAGCUGAAAUACGAUGGCGCAUAUUCAGCUGUGACUUUCAUCUGCUCAAAGACCGAUGAUAUAUCGGUUACCGAGGCAGUGGAGAGUCUUAAUCUUGAAGACCGUGUCUCUCAACACGAGUCGCAGAUCCGAAACAAAGAAGACGAGAUCAAGAAGCUCAAGAAGAAGCUCGGCGAGCUCAAAGAUCAGGAAGCAGCCUGUGACGAGAUCCGCGACCAUCUUGACGAAGAAGUGGACAAGUGGGAUGCGCUUCUCGACAAACUGGACAAGGGAGAGCAGGUCUACGAUCCAUCUGAAGAGCAACAGACCAAGAAGCGAAAGCGUCGCGGCGGAUCACGGGGAAGUCGCAAACGACGCAACAACGACCCCAUUGAGAGUGAUAGUGGCAGUGGCAGCGAUAGCGGCAGCGACAGCGGUAGCGGUAGUGACGGGGACGACUCGGACGCCGAAAGGAGCGACUCGAGCGACAAUUAUUCCUCCACCUAUAAUAUAGCCUCAGUGCGAUAUACCCAGCCGCAAUACCAAAUAGUAGCGCAGUAUUGACCCAGUGGCCCGUCGGAUACCCCUUUUUCGCCUCCUCGGCCUUGUAAAUCCACACGCCAGCAAUCUGACCGGGACAUGCGCCGACGCCGACGCCUUAACCAAAGCUAGAAACAAAAGUAAAUACUCAGUUGCGAGAAGAUCCGGCUGUUGACCACCAGUCGUGAAUAUGCCGACAUCAAGCGGGUCAUGGCUCCUGUUUCCCUUUCUGUACCCGCCUCACGCGAGGAGGUGGAGAAGGAUAUUCUAAUCUUUGUCGACAAAAGCAUCAGUCGAAGCAACAGUUUCAAGCGUUGGCCCCACGAUCUAAAGCUUGAGGAACAAAAAAAAGAAGGCUAAAAAGGUCAGUGUUGAAGAGGAGCACGAGAUCAGCA